GAUAUCAACGACAGUUCAUUGUCGGGCAAGAGACCAGACGUUGCCAAUCAACAUUUAUCGUUGAAAAUUGUAUCGAACAUUCAAGGAGAUCAUGCAGCGCGCAAUAAUAUUCGUCCUCUCGCUAUUUGUCGCCGUCACAAUUGGUGUCGAAGAUGAUUUUGUAGAAGGUAUAGCACAAGCCCUGGUACUAGAGAGAUCAGAUGUGGAAACGUGCAUGAAUAAGACAAAUGUACAACUUGAAGAUCUAGAGAAUGUGGAUAAACUGCUGAUAAGCAAUUUACAGACAGAUGAAAUCGAUGAAUCUGCCUUAAAAGUUGGUUGUCUAUUUGCCUGUCUAGCUCAGAAAAAAGAAAUAAUGUCGGGUGCACGUAUCAAUAAUGAUAAAAUAAAGAAGAUACUGGACGCGAAAAUGCCCCCAAAUUUAGAUCCCGAAAUAAUUGCCGAUCGCGAUCAUAUAUUAGAUUUAUGUGCUGAUCGAGUGAAGAGCAAAAUUAACGAGUGCGAAGUUGCUUUCCGAUACAUGAUUUGCUUUGGCAGCAAUUUUACCGCCUGAAUAAGCAAUGAGCUUGCUUUCUCAUAAAUAAAAGCGCAUUUGAGAAGGUGUACAAUAAAAAAAAUCGGUAUGUUGUUGUUUUGUAAAAAAAACAUUCGAUCAAAAUUCUUGUGUAAUUUUUUUUUAUUCUAAACAAUCAUCAAGUUUCCUUGACGUCUGUGCGACGACUUUGCAACAACUAUUCUAAUCGAGAAUGGUAAAGAGAAGCCUUAGAUGCAAAUAUUUGCAAGUACCGGGCGAUUGGUGGUUUCCGUGGGUCGAAGUUUGGCGACGCAAAUGAAAUUACAAAGUCAAAUGUAGAUCGAGCUUAUUGUCGUUCACACAAGAAAAUUACAAAUGAAACGCUUGCUUUUAUUAUGAGUCCCGAUACUAGCAAUUAACAUACACAACAAUAAAUGUAGACAAGAAUCUCUCGUAGUGUAACAAAUUAAAUAAAAAUCCGCAUAAAGAAAGUA